AAAAUAUGUCUUUUGUUUUACAAAAUGACCUCUGCUUACUUCAUCAGCAGGGCACCGCGCCCUGGGCCAAAGUGUUUACCCAACUUAAAAGUGCCUGGGAGGCCAACCGACCGUCAGCAGGCCGCACAAAAGCCCUAUUCACCGGUAACAGGAACCCUGACCAACGCUGCCACGUCCAAAUGUUUGAGCAUAGCCUACCUCCCUGGUGCAAAUGGGUUUUUUUACUCUCUUUUGACCAUUGAGGAGGACAGAUAUAUAACAGGCGACAACAAUACAAAUGGAAGCAGUGGCUCCAUUGUCAAACAAUCUGACCUAAUGUUAUCUGGAUUCCUUAUCUCACCCUACCUCAUUCGGGCUCACAUAAUGACGAGACAGGAGGACAUAAAGGUGUGUCAGCAGGCUGCAAUUAUUUUUGUCCUUUACAUUUCCUGAAAUGUGCAGUGACAUACUACUUUGUGGACCAAGGGGACCUCUGUAAGAGGUUUUUGGACUUUGGUGGGACCUGCAGGGUGAAGGGUGUCGAUGGGAGUUGGGGCUCAUUUGAGAGCAGCGGGCCGCUCCACAAUCACAAGGCGAUCAGGUUUGUCCCAGCAGGAGAUAUGUUGUGUACUUGUUCUAAAAAGGACCUGCUCCUCUGUGUGUGUGGCCAUCGUUGGGUUUCUGGUCCUUCUGGGAUUCUGCCUGCUCUAUUUACCGGACCCGUUGACGCUGGAACCGUUAGUCUCUGAGGAGAACAGCGCAGCGACCCUCCUGAUAUGGACGCAUCCAUUUGGUCGGUACCGCAAGCUGCCGGACUGCUUUGCGCUCUAUCAGAUCGGCGGGUGCACGCUCACCGACGACGGGCGCGCGUACCCGCAGGCUGACGCCGUGAUCAUUCACCACCGGGAAGUUGCCACCGGCACCGCUGAUCUGCCACAGGAACCGCGGCCACGUGCGCAAAAGUGGAUAUGGAUGAACUACGAGUCCCCCGCGCACACACCCGGACUGUGGCGCUUUGAGGAUGUGUUUAACCUCACAAUGACCUACCGGACAGACUCAGACAUUUUUCUGCCCUACGGGUAUUUGCUCCCCCGUGACCAUAGAACCGAUGGUCUCCAGAACCGCUUUGCUCACCCGCUCCGCGCACCCUCGCGCUUACACCUCCUCCGGCCCCGCCUCCUGGCAUGGGUCAUCAGCAACUGGUCGGAGUCCCAUGCGCGCGUGGCCCUCUACUACCAGCUCCGCCGGUACAUCCAGGUGGAUGUGUUCGGGCGCGCGGGUCGGCCGUUACCGGAGGAGAGCGGCGGCAGCGUGGUGCGGCUGGUCGGACGGUACCAGUUCUACCUGGCGCUGGAGAACUCGCAGCACACCGACUACAUCACAGAAAAGCUGUGGAACGCGGUGCGGGCCGGUGCCAUCCCGGUGGUCCUGGGUCCCUCUAGGCAGAACUAUGAGCGCUUCCUGCCCCCCGAGGCCUUCAUCCACGUGGACGACUUCCCCACAGUGCGAGGGCUGGCCCGGUACCUGCUGAUGCUGAGGCGCAACCCG